AUGGACGACAACCCAGACGAGUACUUUUCCGAUCUUGUGGAUUGGCUUACCGUAGAGCCUGUCGGGACCGGCAAUAGCUCCAGUUCAGGACAGGCACAGCUCAGUCUGAGUACACUCGCACCCCAAGAGUAUGUGUCUCCAUACUCGUUUCAACAGCCGCACUCCGGCACGAGUGCACCCAAACUCACUGUAAGAAGCGCGUCGUAUACGCUCCAGCCGGACAGCACUCAAGGUCGCUCGCAGGAUGAAGUGCGCGGAGAGGUAAGGAGUGAUCAUGCGAGGCAUGGGUCUUUCGUUCCUCGAGAGGCCCAAGACCUCGCGAGACCACCCAGCAGGGUUCAGAUGCCCCCACCUCCAGUGCCCCACGGUAUAAGACGUGGUGCUCCACAGUUCGAACCCACCAGCAACAUACUACAGCCUAGUAUAGCUCCCCAUGGCGGUAUACCUGGUGCUGCCGGGCACUAUGCUAGGGCCGCGCCGCACUCGUCGUUCAAGCAUACUGGAAAUCCGGCGCAACAUAUGAUGACUCCUGGUACAUCUCAGUAUGCUACCCACGGUUUGCCCAACUUCCCAGAAGACACCGCUGCAUUCCUACAAGACUGGGCAGGUGCUCAAGAGGCGCGAGCCAGGGCAGGUCGUAUGCCGCCACCUCUUGUGCCCGCUUCAACGAUGAGAAGAAACGAGGCAGCUGAUGCUCUGAUUCUGCCUCAGCAGUCCAGCCAACAGCCAGCCAGGCGAGGGAGACAUUCAUCUACGAGCUUAUCUUCAACAGGAAGGCCGUCAUCUUCUGGCAGUGCAUCGGACCAGGACUCUGGGUACGAAGCAGAGUACCUCUCCGCUGGGCAGCAAUAUGCACCACCCAUGACGCCUUCCUCCGCCAGCAGUUCGAGCCCGAAGCGCUCCUCCAUCAACACCCACGUUCGAGGUAGACAUCCUUCUUUGCGCUCUGCUGAAAAAGCCCGAAGUGGUAGCACCGGCUACACCUUGCAGCCCUCCAGCACCUUCAGCCCAUACGCGACCCCCAAUCCAGGAGUGUCAUCUUUCAACUACAAUCCUUACAUGGCUGGUCGCUUACCUAGCAUCCAGGAAGAAAGUGCCAUUGUUCCGCCUUCGCGUGACAACACGCGCCGUCGAGUGACGUUUGCGCCCUUUGUUCCCGAUAUACCCAGUCCUUACUCUACACACCAAGGCUCCUCUAGUGUAAAUCCCUACGGUUGCUCCCAAGAUCACCAGAAUGCUAGUCAUCCGCUCCCAGAACCUCCCGUCAGCAACUUACUCUUCCAGAUCUACGACGAGCGAAGCCAUCCAGGCUCUACCUCGCAGAGCCAAUGCGGCGGAUACGUACAGCAGCGUGGUGAGCCUGGCUCGAGCACGCCGCGCCCCGAGCAGCGCAUCGUGACAGACUACAUGGAGUACCACGCCUCCGUGACGCUCUUUGAGAUUAUGCCUGAGACUACGGGCUGCCAGCACGCACAAGCCUGGCUUCGGAAUGUGAUGUCGGACCCUCAGCUCUCUCCAGCGCUCAUCCCGGGAGACGUCACGAAACCGAACAUCACAGCCCGCUUCCACCACGCGACCGAAGGUUUCAUCCCCGCCGGCACCCCGCGCUCCCUCCUCGUCUUGCACAACGCCACAAACCCAUUCAUCGCCACUGGACCCACCACCUCCCGUUCGACAACAACGAUAGGAACCUACGGAUACCACUGGUCCGCGGACGACUGGAUCCACUUCGCCACCUUCGCGCCCGACCUCUCGACCUGGCUCGCCGAUAUCGAGGGCAAGGGCUACAUCCGCAAGAUUCGCGAGUGGGCGCCGGACAUGCCAGCGCGUGAGAAGCGGUUCCACAAGGCGUACUGGGUUGGGGCGAACCGGCGGGCGCUUGGAGGACUGCUGCGUCGCGCACCACCUGAUACUACCGCGAACCCGGAUGCUGUGGAGGGGGAGGAAGCGUGGCCGAUGAUGACGGUCGAGGAUCUUGAUGGGGAGUGUGGACAUGUGGGCGAGGAGGAUAGGAAGGAUGCGUGGACGGUGGUUAUGGGGGAUGCUGAGGGGAUUGGCGCGAUGAAUCAGGACCACAUCGUGUGUGGGGAUCCGGAGGAGCCGCUGUAUGAGCAGUUGCUGCGGUUUGAGCGAUUGAGAAAGUUGAGUGAGUGA